AUGGAUCUAAAUAAUGAAACUUUCUUGGUAACCUUCAACAAUGAUCAAGACUACCUUGUGGCGCUAACAGGAGGCCCCUGGGUGAUUUUAGAUCACUAUCUUCUUGUUCAUCAGUGGACUCCCAGCUUCAGAUCCACGGACAAACCUCACAGAUCGGUGGUUGCUUGGGUCCUGUUCCCUGAAUUGCCAGUUCACUUCUAUCACAGAGAGGUCCUGUUUGCAAUUGGGAAUCUUAUUGGACGCACAGUUAAAUUGGAUUAUCAUACAGAGACGCUUCAAAGAGGAAAGUUCGCCAGGAUCGCCAUCGAGUUAGACAUGACAAAGCCGCUCCCGACGAAGGUGUACUUGGAUGGAGCAAGCCAGCAAGUUGUCUAUGAGAAUCUACCUCAAAUCUGCUAUGAUUGUGGCAGAAUUGGUCAUAUGGAAGAUCAUUGCCCCCAGCGGGCACCAGUUCAGGAACUUGCACUGGCCAUAGCUCCAGGGGAUGGAGCGACGUUGAUGAUCCCUUCGGAAAACACUUCAUCGGAACCCCCCUCCGGCUACGGGCCGUGGAUGCAGGUCACCCGAAAAUCUCGGAAACCGACCAAAAACAAAGGGGGUAACUCGGCUAACUUACCUUUUCCUAACGGCAUGGAUUCAGGGAAACUUCCUCCAAAAUCAGGGGGAAAAGGGAAAGGGGAGACAAGCAAAGGAGUGAUUUUAGCAGACAGUAAAGGCAAGAAAGAGGCUAAGGAAGAUAGCAAAAAAGGGAUGCAGAGUAACCAAAAAGGGAAGGCAGAACUUCGGGAAACAGAGGCUUCCAACGGGAAGAAGAAGACCAACGGUAACCAAGAAUGGAGGGCUAAGGAUAUGCCCAACAGGCAACCGUUGCAGACUAAGGUCACUGCAGGCCAAGACUCCUCCACGGCCCAAGCCAAGGCCCAAGCCUCGACCUCAAGCCCUUCUGCGUCUCAAGAAGUUGUCUUAGGCCCAAAUAACACAAAGAUCCACACUCUUGCUCUCCCCUCUCUGGCGCCCAAUCAAAAGGAAAACACUGACCCAAAUUCAAACAGGAUCAAAUCCCGCCAACGGUCUCAAAAACAGAGCAACGAUAGCCUGCAGAAUCAAGGUCAAAGCAAAGGGGUGAACCUCAAAGCUACCAAAAAGCCGCUCCAAAUCCUGUCUUCCAAAAAGAAAGAGUCGCCCAAGAAGCUCAUCAAUGGAGGAUUUCCGAUCACUCUUAAAGCUAUUGAAGAGUUCUAUGCCCACACCCAAUCGAAGGCUCAAGAAUUCCAAAAUAUUAUCUCGGGGAAGCCGGCGGAUGUGGACAUGGCGGAAACGAGCUCUGCGAAUCCUAUUGGAGUUCAAGCGGAUAAUCUCAACAGUCAGGGAGAUCAGAACAUUGACCCCGCAACUGUCGCUUAA